ACCGUUGUCGAGAGUCGAGUGUUUUCCGUAUUAUUCAAUGUGUUGGUGGCUGCAUGCGGUACGUGACUUCAAGUUCAGUGUGUUAUCUUGUUUGCGUGUUUGCUAGGCGUGGUGGUGUGGUUUUUCGGUUCUCUAUUUCAAUCAGCGGUAUUUUUUUCCGGCGACUUUCCAACAACAAAUCGUGCGACUAUCAAGUGUCAGUUCCUAUCCUUGCCUUGGUAGUGGUCUCUCUCAGCAGCGGUGAGCAGACCGUCCGGCGAAAUUGUGUUAAUUAUUAGUAAUUCAUAUUUGUCCGUUUUCGGGUGAAAAGUUAGUCAGCGGUCGGGUACAACAGUUGCCAGGCAAAACACUUCUAUACCAUUGAAAACGGAACGCUGCUUCAAUAUUAUCCGUCGCGGUAGUCUAAUACUUUUUACGGUUUCCCGAAGGCUGUGAGUCGUUCCUAAAAGAAUCAAGUGACCACGAAAAUGGGUCAGCACGUGUCCCGGACGGACUUCGAGUGGACUUACACCGAGGAACCGCACGCCAGUCGAAGAAAAAUAAUCCUGCAAAAGUACCCACAAAUCAAAAAGCUUUUUGGAUAUGAUCCGCGAUUCAAGUGGGUGGCUAGUGGCAUGGUUCUGGCCCAGUUUGCAAUGUUGUUUGUGGUGAAGGAUCAGUCGUGGAAGAUGAUUAUGCUGCUGGCAUAUUGCGUCGGAGGAGUGAUAAAUCAUUCGCUUGCACUGGCCUGCCAUGAGAUUGCUCACAAUUUAGCAUUCGGACAUGCGAGGCCCAUGGCAAACCGACUGUUUGGAUUUUUCUGCAAUCUCCCGAUCGGCCUGCCCAUGUCGAUUAGUUUCAAGAAGUAUCAUCUGGAACACCAUCGGUAUCAGGGGGACGAAGUGAUCGACACGGAUUUACCGACUCUGCUGGAGGCGAAACUCUUUUGCAAUACAUUUGGAAAGCUCCUUUGGGUUAUCAUGCAGCCACUAUUCUACAUGUUCCGGCCGCUGGUUGUCAACCCAAAACCACCGCAAAAGCUGGAGAUUGUGAAUGCUAUCAUACAGUUGAUAUUCAACGCUAUAGUGGUGUACUUCUUCGGUUGGAAGGUGAUGGUGUAUCUGGUGGUGGGUUCGCUGAUGGCUAUGGGUUUACAUCCGGUAGCGGGACACUUCAUUUCCGAGCACUACAUGUUUGCCAAGGGAUUCGAAACCUAUUCCUAUUAUGGACCACUGAACUGGAUUACGUUCAACGUGGGUUACCACAACGAGCAUCACGACUUCCCGGCCGUUCCAGGUCGGUAUCUGCCGGAAGUGAAACGAAUCGCGCCAGAGUUCUACGAUACUAUCCCUCAGCACGAUUCGUGGAGUAGAGUGCUGUACGACUUCGUCACCGAUCCCGCCAUAGGACCGUACGCGCGAAUCAAGAGAAAGGCGAGGGGACUGGAUUCCUAGACGCGCCUGCCGAAGCUUUGACGGGGUUUACCCGUUGCUCGCACCAUCUCGUCCACAUGGCACCGUGUCAAAUAGUAGGAUUUGUAUAAUCGUAAAAUUUUCUCACGCUUGAACAGACCCCACACUCCCUAGGUGACUAGCAGCGUAAGACUUGAGACUUCUCCUAUCUGGGUGAGUAUUUAACCGUAAGCGAAACUGGUAAAUGAAUACCAGCAUAUAUGUAUAGAAAGAGAUAGUUAUACUAUUCGUACGUUGAAUUGUUAAUUUUCACAACGCUGCAACUUAAACUAGGCUGCAAGUUUUUCUCGUUUAUUUUACUAGUAUUUAUGCAUUGAAUCGCACGCGAAUCUUUGACGAGACCCUUUGCGACGACGCAGGAUAUUACUUUAUGGUCGUUUGUAUGUUUUAUGAAUGGAGUGAACUACUUUUUCCUCAAGCACUCUUUGAAUCACAUAAGUAUUUAAUGGUAAGAAUUGGAAGCGAUCAUGUGGAUUUUUUGUUGUCAAAGCCAUAUUCAGUUUCACAACUUUCAAAGUUUGAACUUCGUAUCUUAAACAUGUGUAAUCCUGGUGAACUACACAGACCUUUAGAUAGUAUAGAGCUAAUGAUAACGAAUAUAAAUGUGCAUAAAUCAAUGUUUAUGAAACGUCCUACGAGGUCUUCUCGCUAGAUAUUAAACUGUACACGCAGCUAAAUGAUAUCUACUGAAUAAAAAAACAAACGAUCUGCGCAAGAUUCAUUAUGGGGACGGAAGAAUCAAACCAACCAAAACCUGUUGCUUAUGAUAGUUUACUAUAUUUCAAAAUGAAUGAGCUGAUUGUAAUAAAUAAGAAAGAUGAUUACUAUUUGGACCACGUCCACUAACUAAGAA